AUGGCUUUACCUGGAUCUGGUCAUCUCAUCCAUAUUUCAGGUAAGGAUAAUAAAAAGAAACCCAACGUCUACAUCAACUCGAUUAUACUUCCAGCUGUGUGUGCACUGCUUAAUAGUGAUGGAGGGACAAUUGAAAUCACUGAAAUAGAAUUGGAUGUCAGAUCAAUUGAACAGGUUAUCAAAAACAUGAUUGGCGGUAUAGCAUUCUUCACAUCUAUCAAAAUCAAACUAGCUGAUCAUAAAAUAUCAGUAAAUGUGAAAAAGGGCGCUCAGUUCACCACAGUUAAUUACAAUCUGUUCCUGCCUACAGAGAAACAAAUAAUUUCGAUAGAGACAACGGAUAGUAUGAAGGAAAUCCGACGUGUACUACUACAUCGGGGUAUUGUUGAAGACCCUGUGAUUCAAGGUUCGCACUUGCAUAACUUUGUUCUGAAUAAGGCGUCCGGAUUAGCUGAAAGCGAAGUCGUUCAGUUAAAGAGCCUAGAGACUAAGCCAUCAAAUAAAGCAAAAACAAAUACUUUUGCAAAACGAAUGUUGAGUGAUAAGAACAAGUUUUGCAACUAUAUAUCUGGAUUUGCAAAUCACCGAGGUGGACAUAUCUAUUACGGAAUUGAUGAUGAAGGUGUUGUGACUGGCGAAAAACUAAUGGAAAAGGACAAACAGGAGGUUAUUGUAGAAGUAGGUAAAGCAAUGGAAAAACUUAUUUGGACGGAGAGUAGAAUAUCUCCAAAGCAAGGCGUCGAUUGGGAAAUCUACUUCGAAAAUGUUAAGGAUCCAGAAGGGGAAGAAAUUUAUGUUGUUGUAGUUUUUGUAGCUCUAUAUCGUGGAGGAGUGUUUACUGGUGAACCAGAAAGUUAUUACAUAAAAAAAGAAAAGGUAAAUUUUAUAAUGAUGCAUGGCAUAUACGUACAGAGUAACUGUAAUUUACUGGAUAUUCCUCUAUAUUAUCCCUGAAGCUAUAAUUAACUGUCUUCUUUGUGUUACUUGUCAGAGUUUUUUCUUGGUAUUCUCUUAGAAUUUUUCAAGUUUUGUUCAGUAAGCUCACAUCUACUGAAGAUAGUGAAGAUAAAUCAACUACUGAAGAUUGAUAUAAUUUUCAUCUACUGAAGAUAGUGAAGCCAAAGAUAGCGGAAAUUGAUGUCCAGUGCCAUUCUGCCAAUCCAUUUCUAUUGUUCGUGUCUGCGCAGAUAACACAAGAAUGCAAUGAGUGUGCCAGAUGUCUUAUUUUGACUUCGAUAUAAAAAACUAAUAUGAUUUUAUCAACUUAUAACUUAACUAGCGAGAGUUAGAAAACACUGAAGUUAGCUGGGAAAAAUGGGUUGAAAAUUGUUUACGACCAUCAUAGAUUUUGAAUGCCAAUUCCGCCAUCUUGGCUUUAUUUUUCUCAUGGGCCGAAUACAGUAUGUUUUUGCUCCGGAUACACAGUAUCAAGAGCUCACUGGCAUUGUUCGCAAAUUAGGUCACAUAACUGAAAUAUUUGCAUGUGCUAAAAAGUGAACGCGCGUUAUUUACUACCAGGGUCGGACUGGAUGGGGGAAACUGUGCCCUUGGUAUUUAAAACGCCCUUCGCCGUUCAGGUUGACGCUGUUUUCGAGACCAGAGCAUCCAUAUAUUAUUUUUUUAUUUCAAUACGCAUAGGUGGAGAAAAUGGAUUAUAAUUCAUGGUGGAAAUCAUUUAUGUCUGGAGAAUUUUCAAGAUAUUAUUUUAUUAAGCCAUGCAACAUGGAUUCUGUCACAUGGAGUUCAGAAGUGAACAAAACGUUUUUUAUUAAGCUAAGUGAAAAGCUAGUUGACCAUAGAGACGCUGGAGAUUCUGAUUCAUUUGAUAAAUUGUGCGAAUUGGCGGUGACAAAUUUUAAAGAAAGUAAUGCUGAGCUUGUGGUGAAGGCUGGACGCGUCACGAUUGCCUACAAAAGUGGCAACGCUGAACUUGCUAAAACAUUAUUACAGGAGUUUGAGGACUUGUUAUCGUCUUCAAAAGACCAAUCAAUUUUUGAAGUUCGCCUUCGUCUUUCUCAAUGCCUUGUUGCCAGAAGCGUGGAAAACUAUAAAGAAAGUUACGAAAAAAGUAAAGAAGGUUUACAGAUGGGACAGAAUAUUCCCCCUGGUCUUUGUCUGCUGUGGUUGUAUCUCGAAUGUGCCAUGAACGCUGCAUGUCUGGCCUUUCAAAAUCAAAGCGAAGUUAAAAGGUUUAGCGAAAUGAAAAAGGAAGCAUUGGUGUACCUUGAAGAAGCUGCUAGAGUUGCAAAUACUCUCAUUGACGACGAAAUCCCAUAUAGAAUAACUGAUUUCCAACACAAACUUUGUAUUUAUAAAGUCUGGGUAUUAAUAAAUUACUCUAUCACGGGUGAAGCAGCUGAAAUCGCGCCUAGCAGGGAAGAUUUGACCGCUGCCAGUGUAGAGCUAUCCACUGUUUUUAAGAACCAACUAAACGGGAACUCUUUAACUAAAUUUCGAGAAAUCGAGUACUAUUUGGCAAAAAGCGAUUACCUUACAAGGUUGUCAGAAAUUAUGGAAGAUAAAAUGGAGAAAAAGAAAAGAUUACAGGACGCCAUACAUGAAGUAUUGAAGGCUAUAGAGAAGGCCGAAAAAAAAUUUAAAAAGUUGUUUGAAUAUGCUAUAAGACGAAAUAAAACUUUAGAGGAAAGAAUAAAACUUUGUAUGGAUACCAAAUGUAAUCAAAGUUCACCCCGAACCUUUGAAGGUUUAAAGUAUUGA